ACUUACGUACUACGUUGCAUACCACGCCCCUUUUUUUGCGCAUGCGCACAUCCUGUUGCUAGGGUUCUAGCUAGCUAGCCGGCCACUCCUGGGCUUGCAGACCAAAGACAAGAACCAGGCAACGCAGAUACUAGCUAGGUCUGUCAAGAUGCCAGUUGGUGAUGAGUGUCAGGGGCUACCUCCUGUGGUCUCAUCAGAGCCAGGUCUCCAGACUCAGGGAGGAGGAGAGGAGGUGGAGGGAGGGAGGGAGAACUGGGAAGAUGGGAAACGGAGGUCCGGCCGACGAAAGAGAAAAGUGACUGCAAGUGUCAGGGAAGAACCACAGCAGAUGUACAGUGUGAGUGAGGUAGAUUGUGAGGGAGCCCCUAUUCGUCAGCAUAUAAUUCAUCACGAACACCACAACCUAUCAAGCAAAAGGCAGUGUCCGGAGGGUUAUGCCGUAGAAAAGGCCUCCAAUGAACAACAGCAAGGUGCAGGUCAUUUUGAAGACGUUGCUGAUUCUCUCAGUGAAGGCAGAAUGGAGCACUCUUCUCAAGACAUGUAUCCUCUAGUCAUUGGUGAGGCAGAGUCUGGCAGUAGGAGUGGGGACGGAGGAGAGAGUGAAGAGAUAGAUGUGGAUCUAGUGGCUGUCAUUAGGAGUGAGCAGGCCAAGGUUCACGACCUCAUUGCCAAGUGUGAAGAAGCUCUCAGUGAGGGGGUGGCGUAUGAGACGUUCUUCCCAGUGAGAAUUGAGGAAAUGUUGAGAGCUGCCCACAGUCUAGAGCAGAGUCUGCUGGACCAGAAACUAGCAAUGAAGGAGAGACUCCGAGAAAUCCUCGGAAUCCUCUGACCCUCUCCCACGGCCACGUGUAUACUCCAUGUCUCAGUAUAUAGGACAGUGUCGCUUGCUGUAUGGUAUGGUAAACUAUGGAGAUAUCAUUGUGAAAAAACAUCAUCAUCCAAUCACUUUCCAAACUCAUAAUUAUUCCACUGCUCAUAGCAUAGCCCUUGUAGAUUCCCCUGUUUACAAAACACCGGACCACCCUACACUAUUUCAUCAACCUUCAUUGAGCAUUACUUCUAUCUCGUCUUAUGAAAACAUUAU